UCGGAAUAGUCCCCGCAGAAUUCUCGGCGUCUCGAACAGUUUUGCCAUCUUUAAUCCAUGACCACCUUCCUCGUCUUCCUUCUCCUCUUCUCUUUCCAUUCUUCUUCUAGUUUCGCUUGAUAUAAAACUUUUCCCACCGAAACCAGAAAGACAAAGAGAAUAAUCACCAACACAAUUGGAGAAGGAAGAAGAAGAAAGAAAAAGAGAGAUGUCCAAGUUUUUGGCUGUGUAUUUAAAUCGAUGAAAAAAUAAUGAAAUUUUCUCGAUUUUCUUAACUGUGUAUUCUUUCUUUCUUUGUAUCCAAAUUGUUUUAUUGACAGCAUUGAGUGUGUCAUCCUCUGAUGGCACGGAUGAAGAUGAGAUCCAACACCAUAACCUUCGUCCUCAUCAUUACUUUGAGUUUUCUUCUUCGAAGCCUUGGAAUGGAGGCGCCAACAACAACAACAACAACAACAAUGUUAUGGGCGCAACGGUGGUUAUUCCUCCUGCAACCAGCGUCCAUGAGUUGCUUGAAUGUCCCGUUUGCACCAAUUCAAUGUAUCCCCCAAUUCAUCAGAUUUCUUGCAGUGCCAUAAUGGGCAUACAUUAAACAAGGGUGCACAAUCGGUGUCCCACUUGUAGACAAGAGCUUGGAGAUAUUAGGUGUCUGGUGCUGGAAAAGGUGGCUGAAUCACUCUAGUUACCUUGCAAGUACUACUCCCUUAGAUAUCCAGAAAUAUUUCCAUACUACAGCAAGCUGAAGCAUGAGACAGAAUGCAAUUUCAGAUCAUACAAUUGUCCUUAUGCUGGAUCAGAGUGCUCUGUUGCCGGGAACAUUCCUUUCCUUGUUGCACAUCUGCACAGGAUGCAUAUUCAACCACCGAUAUGUAAAAUCAAAUCCCCAUGAAGUUGAGAAUGCAACAUGGAUGCUCAUGCCACGCACAACACUAGUUAUGGACACGCCGGAGAGGAACCAGAUCAACCCUCCCUUCUCUCGUGUCGAGGAUUCCCCUGUAUUCAGUUUUAUCAACAGUUUGUCGCCUAUAAAGCCCGUGAAGUCUGCCCAGGUUGGUCAAACAUUCAGCUCGCUUAGCUUUCCUUCCCCUCCGCGUGCUUUUACUUCAUCCAAUCUCACCUGUUUCAAGGAAUCAAAAGUUCUCAGGAGGCAUAACCCUUUUGGGGCAUCAAGGCCUGGGUUGUCAUCUGAAGAUGGUAAUAAAUUUCAGACAAGUGAAGAGGCUAUUGCAGAUUCAUUUCAUCCAUAUAAUAACUCGAGGGAAUCUCAGGGAAAUUUUCAUGAUGGAAUAUCUGUAGUUGAUGAUUCGAUUGCUCUACCUGGUGAGCACACAGACUUCUCAGCUGAGAUACUACAGGCCUUAAAUUAUAAUAAUUGUGGUAACCCUGGCUCUGAUCCUGGUCAUGAGGCUAACUCUCUUGAAGUCUUUAAUCAGGGGUUGUGUCAAUUUGAUCCGAAGGGCCAAGAAUCAGAGUGUAAUUGGGAUAAUUUAAUCUCUGGAGAUACUGAUUUCUUCGUUUUCAAUUCCCCAAAUGACGCAGCUUUUAAGGGUAUAAUGCAGAAACCAGAUUCUCAUUUUAUGUCUCUGGUACCGGAAUCUUCCAUAUAUAAUGGUCUGAGAGAUAGCAAACUUAAAAUAGAAGAUUAUCGUCCUGAGCCUUUAGCAAUCACAGGCCAAAUGCAGGACAAACACUGCGUUGCCAUGACUAGCAAAAUAAAGGAAAAACCAGAUGUUGAGCUUGUUUCUGUGAUGAACCGUGGUACACGGAGGCGAUGUCUAAACUUUGAGACUGACAGUGUGCAAAGGAAGAACUCAGAUGAUAAUUUAAAAUCCGGUUCUCUUGGAUAUGAAAAACAAUUGGUUUCGGCAAAACGCAAAAGCAGUUCACAGCAAUGCACUAUGCCUGCAGUUGGCUUACAUUUGAAUGCACCCGACAAAGAAGUCAUAAGUAAUGACGAGUCGUCUUGUGGAAUUCAUCUUAAUGUUCCCAGUUGCACUUCCGUGCAAAUCUAUACCAGCUAUGAACAUCAGGAACCACUGGCAAUAGGAGUGGAUUCAUCAAACAUUGGGCCUGAGCCAGCUAAGGAUAAUUCUCAUGCAUUAUAUUCCACUGUUAAUGAUGUCAGUCAGAAUAGUCCCAAAAAGAAAAGACAUGGAGACUGCAAGCGUUGCAAGUGCAAGAAAUCAAAGUGUUUGAAGUUAUAUUGUGAGUGCUUUGCUGCUCGGGCCUACUGUACAGGCAACUGCUCAUGUAAGGAUUGCUACAACAAACUUGUUCAUAAAGACAAAGUCAUUCAAGUUCGCAAGCAGAUCGAGUCUCGCAAUCCUCUGGCUUUUGCUCCUAAAGUCAUUGCUGAACCUGAAAUUGGGAAUGAUCCAAAUAAAACUCCAGCACCAGCACGACACAAGAGAGGAUGCAACUGUAAGCAAUCAGUCUGCCUAAAGAAAUACUGUGAAUGCUUUCAGGCUGGUGUUGGAUGCUCCUUAAGCUGUAGAUGUGAAGGGUGUAAGAACACAUUUGGUAGAAAGGACGGCGCUAAUUCUAUAGGAGUAGAAGCCCAGCUAGAAGUAGAAAUAGAGGUCUGUGGAAAAGUUGUUGAAAAAGUAUCACAGAGAAUUGAAGUUCAGAACUCCGAUAAUCAUCCAGAUUUUGUUCCAAUCUCUACGCCAUUCCCGCUGUUUAGUUCAUUGUCAGAGGGGAAACCAAACACUCGUUGGUCUCAACCACCUAAGCAUUCUCAAGCUGUUUCGGACCAGGAAAUGACAGAUGUUCUUGGAGGCGGAGGCAGAAGUGAUAGGUCUCCCAUGACCAUCAAAACUUCUUCUCCAAGUGGGAAGAGGAUUUCCACUUCUAAGGGUGACUUGACACUUUCUUUUCCUUCUCCUAAUCGUCAUCAAUAGCAGUGCUACAUUUUUUUAAUUGAUAGUCAAUAGUUAUUAGUUAAGUCUUUUUCGUUUCAGUUAGGUUAGUAGUUUGUAGCUUUAGGCAUAUAGAUGUUAUGGUUUAGGUUUAAGUAUAUUUUAGCUUUAGUUUUAUUUUAUUUGAGUUCCUUCAAUUAUUUAGUAUUUAUUUGAGUAAUGGUUAUAAUCUUUAUAAUCAUUCUAGUAAAUAAUCUCUACGGGUCUUUGUUAGAGAAAUU